UGAGAAAAUCGCUCAUGUAGAAUACCAUAUGUCCUUCCUCGGACACUGUAACUGUAUUGUAUGUUAUUAUUGCUUGACACGUGUUGUAAGCGAUUAAUCAGUAGCGACAGUUAAUAUUUAUUUUCAGAAACCAGCAACACACCACGCAAAGGUACUAUACUAUUUUACAGUAGGCAAAUAUGUCGGUCUUGCACGUUCUGGCUAACUAGCUAGCAUUGCUGUUUUCUUUAGUAACAACACACUGACGCUAACUAGCUACGGUAGCUAAGUUACAGUUCACUAACUAGCGUUCCAAUUAGUGUUAAGUGUAGGUGGCUGCCAUCGACCUUCCAGCAAGUUUGAAGCCAUGAGUGACAGCGACGACGAUAUCCCUCAGCUGUCGGCGGCCACCCUGGCUGCCCUGCAGGAGUUUUACACAGAGGAGAGAGACGGGCUUGUGCAGAGCACAGCACCGGUGGACAAGUACUCGGUGGGGGCGGUGGAAGAGGACUGGCGUAUGAGCCAAUUCUGGUACAGCGAUGAGACAGCAACACGGCUAGUUGAAGAGGUUAUUCACGAAGCUGGGAAAGGUGGCAGGAUAGCCUGUCUGAGCGCACCCAGUGUGUACCAGAAGCUGAAGCAGGGGGUGGUGGAAGGCUCUGACGGCGUGUCGGCUGUGGUUCUAGAGUACGACCGCCGUUUCGCCACCUACGGCCAAGAGUUCAUCUUCUAUGACUACAACGAGCCCCUUGCUCUCCCAGAGGAUGUAGCCCCACAGAGUUUCGACUUUGUCCUAGCUGACCCCCCCUACCUGUCUGAGGAGUGCCUCAAUAAGGUCGCCCAGACUGUGAAGUACCUGGCUAAGGGCAAGGUGCUGCUCUGCACAGGAGCCAUCAUGGAGGAGCAUGCAGAGAAUUUGAUGGGUCUGAAGAUAUGCAGCUUCCUGCCUAAACACAACAAAAACCUGGCCAACGAGUUCCGCUGUUUCACUAACUACCCCUCAAACCUCAUGUCCUGAGGCUCUUACAACCCUUCAUGUAUGGCCUUAUUGACUAUUGAUGUCUGACGUCCAUCAAUGCCUCAGUUCUGACUUGACCGAUGUCUGUGAUAGUCGCAAGGAAGGCUCAUCUUGUUGGGCAAUUUCUAUUGCCUGUCAGACAAGGUUUCAUUUUGGGGACCAAUGGUAUCGGACUCUGGAGGUUGUUUUUAAAAUGAUUUCUUAUCCCAUAACAUAAUUAUGAAGUGAAUAAUGGUAUUCAUAUUUGACUUCAGUGUAAAUAAUAUUUCAUUUACACAGAAAAUAAAUGUCUAAACUGUUGU